ACAUACAUUUUAAGCUAUUUAAUGAUCAUAAAAGUCUAAUCAUGUUAAUAUUGAACCAAACUGACUUCACACCAGCCUUAUUCAUUCUGAAUGGAGUCCCAGGACUGGAGGACAUGCACAUCUGGAUUUCCUUCCCAUUCUGCUCUAUGUAUGUUGUGGCUAUGGUAGGCAAUUGUGGACUCCUCUAUCUUAUCCGUUAUGAAGAUUCCUUACACAGACCUAUGUACUACUUCUUGGCAAUGCUUUCCCUAACAGACCUUGUCAUCUGCUCUAGUACAAUCCCUAAGGUCCUCAUCAUUUUCUGGUUCCAUCUCAAGGAAAUUGGCUUUGAUGAAUGCCUGGUCCAGAUGUUCUUUGUCCACACCUUCACAGGGAUGGAGUCUGGGGUGCUCAUGCUUAUGGCCCUAGACCGCUAUGUGGCCAUUUGCUACCCCCUGCGUUACUCAACAAUCCUCACUAAUCCUGUAAUUGCAAAGGUUGGGCUUGCCACCUUUCUGAGAGGUGUUAUAUUUGUCAUUCCCUUUACUUUCCUCAUCAAGCGACUACCCUAUUGCAAAGGCAACGUAAUUCCUCAUACCUACUGUGACCACAUGUCUGUGGCCAAAUUAUCCUGUGGAAAUGUCAAGAUCAAUGCCAUCUAUGGUCUGAUGGUUGCUCUCCUGAUUGGGGGUUUUGACAUCUUGUGCAUCACAAUCUCCUAUACCAUGAUCCUCCGGGCAGUGGUCAGCCUCUCAUCGGCAGAUGCUCGACAGAAGGCCUUUAGCACCUGCACUGCCCACAUCUGUGCCAUUGUUUUCUCCUACAGUCCAGCUUUCUUCUCUUUCUUUUCCCACCGUUUUGGGGGCCACACAAUUCCCCCAUCUUGCCACAUUAUUGUGGCCAAUAUUUAUCUGCUUCUGCCACCCACUAUGAACCCUGUUGUCUAUGGGGUGAAAACCAAGCAGAUACGAGACAGUGUUCUACAGAUUCUUUCAGGGAUUAAGGACACCAAGUCCCACAGCAUAUGAGUGCAUAUUU